CACAGGAAUCGGUGUUUGGUCUAAUGAAGGCUGCGUGCGUGAGAGUGGGGACCUCAACUACUCAGUGUGUCUCUGUAACCACCUCACUAACUUCGCCAUUCUGAUGCAAGUAGUCCCUCUAAAGCUAACAAGAGAACACCAGAUGGCCCUCUCCUCCAUCACUUACCUUGGCUGCGCUCUGUCCAUCUUCUGCCUGACGAUCACGCUCGUCACAUUUGCUAUAUUGUCGUCUGUCAGCACCAUCCGCAACCAACGCUAUCACAUCCAUGCCAACCUCUCCUUUGCUGUCCUGGUGGCUCAGAUCCUGCUUCUCAUCAGUUUUCAGUUCAGCCCUGGAACAGUGCCCUGUAAAGUCUUGGCCAUUCUCCUUCACUUUUUCUUCCUGAGUGCUUUUGCAUGGAUGCUGGUGGAAGGAUUUCAUCUCUAUAGUAUGGUGAUCAAAGUAUUUGGGUCAGAAGAGAGCAAGCAUUUAUACUACUAUGGAAUUGGAUGGGGCUGCCCAAUGGUGAUCUGCAUAAUUUCUGCAGCAUCAGCCUUAAACAGCUAUGGCGAAAAUAACAACUGCUGGCUUUCACUAGAGAACGGAGCAAUCUGGGCUUUUGUGGCACCGGCACUGUUUGUAAUUCUGGUCAAUAUUGGUAUUCUCAUUGCUGUGACAAGAGUUAUCUCACGAAUCAGCGCAGACAACUAUAAGGUCCAUGGAGAUGCCAAUGCAUUCAAACUAACUGCCAAAGCAGUUGCUGUACUGUUACCCAUCCUGGGAAGCUCAUGGAUCUUUGGUGUUCUAAGUGUCAAUGACCAUGCACUAGUAUUUCAGUAUAUGUUUGCUGUAUUCAAUUCACUACAAGGAUUUUUCAUCUUCCUGUUUCACUGUCUUCUGAAUUCAGAGGUCAGAGCUGCCUUUAAGCACAAAACCAAGGUCUGGUCCCUCACCAGUAGUUCAAUUCGCAACGUGAAUGUGAAGCCCUUCAACUCAGACAUCAUGACUGGGAACCGGCCAGGCACAAACCCCACAAAGCUGAACACCUGGGAUAAGAGCACUAAUUCAGCUAAUCGCAUUGAUUUAUCAGCAGUCUGACAGUGAUACAGCCUCUCAGUGGA